AUGGAGUGGGACAAGGCAAGCUCCGCCGCCGCGCCGGCGGACGAGACGGGCGGCGCGGGGGAGGCGCUGGGGUACGUCAAGGUGAUGACGGACGAGCAGAUGGAGGUCCUCCGCAAGCAGAUCUCCAUCUACGCCACCAUCUGCGAGCAGCUCGUCGAGAUGCACCGCGCACUCACCGCGCACCAGGACUCCAUUGCAGGUAUGAGGCUUGGUAAUCUGUAUUGUGAUCCUCUAAUGGUUCAUGGAGGCCACAAGAUCACAGCGAGGCAGCGAUGGACACCAACCCAGAUGCAGCUGCAGAUCCUUGAGAGCAUUUUUGACCAAGGAAAUGGAACACCAAGCAAGCAAAAGAUCAAAGAUAUUACAGCGGAGCUCUCACAGCACGGCCAGAUCUCAGAGACUAAUGUCUACAACUGGUUCCAGAACAGACGUGCAAGGUCGAAGCGGAAGCAGGCAGCUUCUCUACCAAAUAACGGUGAAUCUGAAGCGGAGGCAGACGAGGAUUCCCCAACUGAGAAGAAGCCUAAAUCAGAUGAGCCACCGCAGCAGACCAUGGCUGCGAGGUCUCACAAUCCUGAAAGAUUCUCAGAGAUGCAUCAUCACUUCGACACAGGUCAUGAGCAUGGCACGAUGUAUGGAUCUACCAAUGACAAUAGCUCGAGGUCGUCAGGCAGUUUGGGCCAGAUGUCCUUCUACCAGACCAUCAUGUCGAACCCAAGAAUGGACCAGCUCUUGGGGAAGGCGGAGACCUCCGGGAGCUUCUCCCAGCUCCGUCAGGGUGGAAGCUUUGACAUGUACGGAUGACAUGGCAAAUCUGAAUGACACGGCGUCCCUGUAAAAAAAAGUGAAAGUUUUCAACAUGCGCUUGUUUUGCUCACAUGAAGUGAGAAAUUUGCGUCGGUAGUAGUAGCAUCUAUGUGUUGGUUAUCACGGUCUUGUUGACCUCCUCAGUUGAGUAACUAGCUUGAGUGAAAUGUGUUUUCUCGUGGAAAUAGUUUUGAGAAGCUAAUAUACAGUGUUUGUCCUUAGGCUACAUAUUCUUCAAGCGUUGGUGAUCAGUAUCACGGUUUGAAUUUGUACCCUAAAAUGGUAGGCUGGUUUUAUA